AUGCCACCAGUUGAGUACAGGAGAGAGAGUGUGGUGGGUCACUCCAGCUCCCGGUCGCGUCUCUCUCUGCUGCUCCAGUCCCCCAGCGCAAAGUUCCUGUGCAGCCCAGACUUCUUCACCAUGCUGCAUUCUAACCCUAGUGCCUACCGCAUGUUUACGAGCAACACUUGCCUGAAGCACAUGAUCAGUAAGGUGCGUCGGGAUGCCCACCACUAUGAGCGCUACCAGCACAACAGGGACCUGGUGGCCUUUCUCAAUAUGUUCACCAACAAACAGCUGGAGCUACCCAGGGGCUGGGAGAUGAAGCACGACCAGUCCGGCAAGCCCUUCUUUGUGGAUCACAAUCGUCGUUCCACUACCUUCAUCGACCCACGGCUCCCCCUCCAGAGUGCACGCUCCACUGGCCUGUUGACCCACCGCCAGCACCUCAGCCGCCAACGCAGCCACAGCGCAGGCGAGGUGGUAGAUGACACGCGACACUCCAACCCACCUGUCAUGCCCCGCCCCUCCAGCACCUUCAGUGGGUCCACUCGCAAUCAAUACCAGGACCUCGUGCCUGUAGCCUACAAUGACAAGAUUGUGGCAUUUCUACGGCAACCCAACAUCAUUGAGAUCCUGCAAGAGAGGCAACCAGAACUCGUCAGGAACCACUCACUCAAGGAAAGGUUACAGUUCAUUCGCAGCGAGGGUGUUUCUGGGCUUGCUCGUCUCUCUAGCGAUGCUGAUCUAGUCAUUUUGCUCAGCCUGUUUGACGAGGAGGUCAUGUCCUAUGUGCCACCUGCUGCCUUACUGCACCCUAGCUACUGCUCCUCCCCUCAAAGCUCCCCUGGUACUCAGAGAGCUAAUGCACGUGCCCCUGCCCCGUACAAACGUGACUUUGAGGCCAAACUGAGAAACUUCUAUCGCAAGCUGGAGACAAAGGGCUAUGGCCAGGGACCUGGGAAAGUCAAAUUGAUCGUUCGUAGAGAUCACCUGUUGGAGGAUGCCUUCAAUCAGAUCAUGUGCUACUCCCGCAAAGACCUGCAGAGGAGUAAGCUGUAUGUCAGCUUUGUGGGAGAGGAAGGGCUGGACUACAGCGGCCCUUCGAGGGAGUUCUUCUUCUUGGUGUCCAGGGAGUUGUUUAACCCUUACUACGGUCUGUUUGAGUACUCUGCCAACGACACCUACACUGUGCAGAUCAGCCCCAUGUCUGCCUUCGUGGACAACCAUCACGAGUGGUUUCGUUUCAGUGGGCGUAUCCUGGGCCUGGCUCUGAUCCACCAGUAUCUGUUGGAUGCCUUCUUUACCCGUCCGUUCUACAAGGGCCUGCUGCGUAUCCCAUGUGACCUGAGUGACCUGGAGUUCCUGGACGAGGAGUUCCACCAGAGUUUACAGUGGAUGAAGGACAAUGACAUCGAGGACAUGCUGGACCUCACGUUCACCGUCAACGAGGAGGUCUUCGGGCAGAUCACAGAGAGAGAGCUGAAGCCAGGCGGUGCAGGUGUUCCAGUGUCAGAGAAGAAUAAGAAGGAGUACAUCGAGCGCAUGGUUAAGUGGCGCAUCGAAAGGGGUGUGGCUCAGCAGACUGAGAGCCUGGUGCGAGGCUUCUAUGAGGUGGUGGACGUGAGGCUGGUGUCUGUGUUUGAUGCCAGAGAGCUGGAGCUGGUGAUUGCUGGCACUGCAGAGAUCGACCUGGCCGACUGGAGGAAUAACACAGAGUACAGAGGAGGUUACCAUGACAACCACAUAGUCAUUCGCUGGUUCUGGGCCGCAGUGGAGAGGUUCAACAAUGAGCAGAGACUCCGACUGCUGCAGUUUGUGACAGGCACCUCCAGUAUUCCCUAUGAGGGCUUUGCCUCCCUCAGAGGUAGCAAUGGACCACGAAGGUUCUGUGUGGAGAAGUGGGGUAAAAUAACCUCCUUACCCAGGGCUCACACAUGCUUUAACCGUCUGGACCUCCCGCCGUACCCUUCGUUCUCCAUGCUCUAUGAGAAGAUGCUGACAGCCGUAGAGGAAACCAGCACCUUUGGCCUGGAGUAAACUCUCCAAAAUGGCUGCCACAGCCAGGGGUCGAAUUGGGAAAGAACAAUGGUGGAGAGGAAAUCCUGUCACCUUAGCUUGAGGCGAGACGGUACACAAUGGAAACUGAAUAGACAUCUACCAGAAAUUAUCAUUUUGGAGAAGCAACAGAACUUUUGGGGACAAUUUCACCACCAAGACAAUCCCAAUUCCCCCCCCCCCCCCCCCCCUUGGCUAUACCUCCCGCCUCCAUGAUCCCAGACUUCCUGGAAUCAUGUUACUGUUCCAUUACUUGCACUGAUGCCCUCCAUUUGAUUCCUGUGUACAACAACCACACUUGUGCUUUCUCUUAUCUGUUUAUUGGCCUUGGUUACUGUAUCUCCUUUUUCCUACAGGGGCUCAGCCUGCCCUUCAAGUCCAGAGACACCUCUUCCUAAUACCCUAUGCUUCCUCCUGGAUUGACCCCCCUGUUCUGGACCUCGGAACUGUGUCUUUCUACUCUGGGACUGGAGACUAUGUACACUAUAAUACAUAAUUUGACUAAUUCCUUGUCUUCAUACACACACUCAUUCACUCUCACACACUUUCAAGAUGACUCUCAUGAUUCAUUUCUGAGGGGAUUAAAUUGUAUGUCACAGCUCCUAAGGUGCACCAAAGGCAUUGAAUCACUCCAAAACACAUUGUACUUGUCUUCUUAUGCUAGACUACAUGAGCAAGGCUCUAAAACUGGCACACACGAACUCACGAUAACAAAUACAAUUGUAGGGUCACUCUUUUUCAAAAUAAAUGAGAUGCACAUUCUCAUACACAUAUGUAGCUACACACACACACACACACACUGAGACAUUGCCUAACAUGGCUCUAUUUCUCACUAAUGAUAUUGCCUCCCAUCCACUGAACUGAUGAAUGUAUCACAUAAAAGGCUGAAUGUAUGAAACCUCAGCACCUCUGGCUUGCUGUAGUAGGAGGAGGAGCCUUUGCGGCCAAAGACAAACACCGGAGCCACACCAGGAAGUGGAUCACCUAAAAUUGGUUGAAUAUGAAAGCCAAGGCUGAAAGUGGCACCGGACACGUGCCUUGUUAUGACAGACACUUUCACUCAGUGUUUUGAGGAGGGCUGGUUGGGGACCCGAUAGUGGGGCGCACCCAUUUCUUCCUCUUGGGUCACAGCCGAAAAGUUGUAACGAGAGACUUUGUAAUGUGUAUUUGGUCAGUCAAAAGAACAUUCAAAUGGCUAGGUGUGUUACACACAACAAAAACAGAGCUACAACGCUUAAUUGUAUUCUAAAAUAGUUCCAGGAUACAAACACGAGGGCAGCACAUGAUAUGGUACUUACUUCAGUACUGUACACACAGCUAUGGAAGCAUCUAUAAGCUCGGGACAUACACUACACACCUACACAGAUGCUUAUGAUCUCUUGAAAGCACGUGUUCAUCCUGGUUUUGGACUUCUCAGUGCAUAUCCCCUACCCAACGGACUCAUUCAGACACGCACACGUGUUCACAGACACACCCUUUUUGUGUGUGUACGCAUGAUUACAACUACUGUACAGAGGUCUGUGCGAGCUAGACAGACCACUCGGGCUGGAAGCCCCACUGUGAUGCAUUGUGGAGGAAGCCUUCAUAUCUCAGCCUGGCUUGAAACCGCAUGCAAGGUCCAUCUCAGCAACUCUGUGAGCUGCACUGAGCCCGGGACCCCUAGAUGGUGUUGUGUUAUAUCUCGAUAUUUGCAUGCAGAAAUAGUGCAACACAAGUCUGUCCUUAAUAACUUUUGCAUGAGGAUAUCGCUAUCGAUGUUGAGAAAAGGGCGGGAGGAGCCAGAUAAGAACUGUAGGGUAUGCUGCUAUAAUGCGUUAUAAAUGUGUCCGUGAUGAGGUGGAAGCGGGCAAAUAAAUAUUUAGGUUUUGUGCCACAUUGUUUAUGGCUUCACAAUUGUGAAAUGUUAUAAGCUUUAUGUUUUGUUUAUAUGACGGGUUAUGACUAGUAUUACCGAAGUACUAUGGCAACACACUUUAAGGGAAUUGUUUUUGUUACAUUCAUGAGAUCACCUGUCUUGAUGAUAGGUCAGAGGUUAGAGGUCAUGGUUCAUGGCUACACAGAGAACUACACGGUGUGUGCUGGUCCUGUAUGUCUCAUCCUUGUGUACAUGUAUGUCUGCACCUGUUGUGGGUGUGUGUAAUUAUAUAUUUUGCACUGAAUGUACCAAAGGUUUGGGGAUGGCAUAGUCAACCAUGUCUCCCUAAUUUUGUCAGGUUGACAGAAUUAGGAAUGACCCCAGCCUCGGCCACACAUCCCCUUGAGUUUAGAGGGGCAGCUUCAUGGCAUGCCCAGUAACAAUUCACAACUGUUUUUAAAUCAUUUCUGCCAAUCAAUACAUUUUCCACGCUAAGGAUUUUUCUUCUGCUGCAAAUGUCCAAAUAAGAAUAAAGUCAGUUUGCUCCUCACCCAAUGAGGACCAAGCUCACCGCCACCACCACUCCCCAUGGCUGAUCAAUUACAUCUGUGUCAGAACUACUCUAUGCAAAAGCUCCUGUAUCUCUCCAUUUCACCACCAUUAUUGUAUUAAAAGACAAUGACAAAUGUCAAGUUUUAAUUAGCGAUACAUGAAUGCGUGU